GGCCAACCUGGGCCUGGAGGGCCGGCGCGGCCUCGCCGCCGUGCCGGCGCUGACCCGCGCCUGCGCGGAGGCCCGCCCGCCGCAGGGCUUCGCGGAGCAGUGCGCAAGGGCGCCGGGCCGGACGUCGGGCGCCGAGGGCCGUCAGGGUGCGGCUCGCUCGAGGUGUCGAGCUGGCCCCGAGGAGCUGCCUGGUGGCCCAGGACCCGGCAUGAGGAUGGCGCUUCGAGGGCUGGCGCGUGUGUGGACGACUCCGACGACACGAGCCAGGACCUCGCCGCCAUCAUCGACGGCAUCAUCGCCAGCGGCGGCAGCAGCAGCUUCUGCUCGGUAUCAGCAGUCUACGACGUCUGCAUGGGCCUACAACAAAACCACAGGACAUGGCAAAGCUGUUUGGCCUUCGCAUCCCCAACUAUAUAGGUGCGCGCUGAGGCAGAGGCGGCUGAGAGGGCCGACGAGGCGACGCUCCCAGGGGCCGGUUGAAGCUUCCCUAGCGGCACGGGGAGCGGUGGUCUCCGCUGUCUAG